AUGCCUCCGCCGUCUGAGCUCGUCAUUGCUACCAAGGCCGUUGAGCGCCUCGUCAAGGAGGAGGCUUACUACCACGCCGAGCUGGCCAAGCAGGAGGAGCGUGUCCGCAAGCUCACCGCCGACAUCGCCACGUCUCGGCCCGAGGAUCUCGAUCCCAAUGCCGAUUAUGUCCUGAGGCAAGAGACCCGUGCGGCCGAGGAAACAAAGGCCGUCUUCGCCCCCCUUAAGCUCCGCACCCAGGAUGCCGUGGCCAAGCUGGAGGAGCAGAUUGCUUUCCGCGAGAGCUCCGGCGCCGCGGCCGACACCGAGCUCGAAAAGGCUCGUGCCAUUCUUCGCACCGGACAGACGGCCAUCGCCAAAGAGGACUGA